CCAGCUCACGCGGCAUCAUCGUGUACAGUGGACAUUACAGCUAGCGCAGUGUAUUUAUUUCAUUGAAUUCUAAUUCAUUCUCGACUUCUUUUGUGACUUCCUUUCCACCGUGUAUGAGGCAUUGUGUCACGAGGAACUCAUUGUUCUCCUUCCUGACCAAAUCAUUUGCUACCAUGUCGGACAAAAAGCGCAAAGCAACCUCUGCUACUGCUCAGCCCAGCGCCAAGCAGCAGAAGUUGGCUUGCACCAAGGAGGCCAAGAAGGAGAAGGCAACAGGCUGGCUGCAAGACCUUGUCAAACAACACAGGUCCAACAAUAAGGACAUGAAAGUCAACAAGAAACGUGUUCGAUUGAUAUCAGACGCGCAACAGACAAAGCAGGACUCGGAAGGGGUCCUCUACUGGAUGCUUAGGGACCAGAGAGUACAAGAUAACUGGGCAUUGAUCCACGCCCAACGCCUGGCCUCGAAGAAGAACCUGCCUCUUCACGUCUGCUUCUGCUUGUUUGCCCCCAAAUCCGAGCUGUCCACCCUGCGACAUUACAGCUUCAUGCUGAAAGGUCUGGAAGAAGUUGAAAAGGAAUGCAAAUCUUUAGAUAUCCAGUUCCAUUUACUGUCCGGCUCUGCAGGAAAAGUGCUGCCUGGCUUUGUAUCCAACCGUGGCUUUGGAGCGGUUGUGACGGACUUCUCGCCCCUCAGGGAGCCUCUGAAGUGGUUGGACGAUGUGAAAAAUAGUCUUCCAGAUGAUGUUCCACUCAUUCAGGUUGAUGCCCACAAUAUUGUUCCAUGCUGGGUCGCAUCUCCUAAACUUGAAUAUGCUGCUAGGACAAUGCGGGGAAAACUUACAAAACUUUUACCGGAGUUCCUCACUGAUUUUCCCAUGGUUGAGAAGCACCCCUACACAGCGACCAAAAAAGCCAAUCCAGUAGAAUGGGCCAAAACCUUGGCCUCCCUGCAGGUUGACCGAACCGUGGAUGAGCCAGAGUGGGCCCAGCCAGGCACCAUGUCGGGAAUGGCCAUGUUGGAAUCCUUCAUCGACGUUCGCCUGAAACUGUUUGGCACUCAACGUAAUGACCCCAAUGCUGCUGCGCUCAGCCAACUCUCCCCUUGGAUUCGCUUUGGAUACCUGUCCGCCCAGCGUGUGGCACUGCAAGUCCAGCACGGAGGGAAGAACGCCAGUCAAUCGGUGGCGCCCUUCAUCGAAGAGCUGGUGGUGCGCAGAGAGCUAACGGACAACUUCUGCUUUUACAACGACAAAUACGACAGUGUGGAAGGCGCUUACGAAUGGGCUCAAAAGAGCUUGAAAGAUCACGCCAAGGACAAGAGGCCUUAUCUGUACACCCGAGAGCAACUGGAGAAAGCCAAGACGCAUGACAAGCUGUGGAAUGCGGCUCAGUAUCAGAUGGUCUCUGAGGGCAAGAUGCAUGGCUUCCUGAGGAUGUAUUGGGCUAAAAAGAUUCUCGAGUGGACUUCUUCACCAGAGGAGGCGCUCUCCAUCGCUCUCUACCUCAACGAUCGCUACGAGCUGGAUGGCCAGGACCCUAACGGAUUUGUGGGUUGUAUGUGGUCUAUUUGUGGCACCCACGACCGAGGAUGGGCAGAGAGACCUGUUUUCGGAAAGAUCCGUUACAUGAACUACAAAGGCUGCCUUCGCAAGUUUGACGUUCCCAAGUUUGAGAAAAAAUACUGUCCCAAAGGUCUUUGAGCCCCUUCAAAAGCUCGUAGAAAACUGCAGAAAGCUUAUUUGAAGCUGCAUGUUCUGUUUCGAUUUUUCUCCAUUUUACUGAGUUAGAGAGCAUUUUGAUAUGUUGUGAAAUGCAGGUGAAAACUGUUGGUGCUAUUGUUUCAUACAAAUUUUCAUUUACUUGAAGUGUCAUACCUAUAUCUACUUUAUCCAUCUUCUGAGCCGCUUAUCCUCACAAGGGUCGCGGGAGCGCUGGAGCCUUUCCCAGCUAUCAUCGGGCAGGAGGCGGGGUACACCCUGAACUGGUUGCCAGCCAAUCGCAGGGCACACAUAAACAAACAACCAUACGCACUCACAUUCACACCUGGGGGCAAUUUAGAGACUUCAAUUAACCUACCAUGCAUGUUUUUGGGAUGUGGGAGAAAACCGGAGUCCCCGGAGAAAACCCACGCAGGCACAGGGAGAACAUGCAAACCCCACACAGGCGGGGCUGGGGAUUGAACCCCGGUCCUCAGAACUGUGAGACAGACGGUCUAACCAGUCGUCUGCUGUGCCGCCUAUCUACUUUAUGUGGACCAUAAAAACUUUGUAUUUUGAUAGUAACGUGCAGGCCUUAACAUUCGUUUCUCAGCAGAAACAAAAAAACAAUUAUUAUGAGUGCUGAAAUGUGGGGUGGUGGCCUAAUACAUUUCGUAAGGAGUAUAUAUGUAUUUUUUUUAAAUUUUUCCUCAUGUUGGUUUUCUGUUGGAAGACUAAAAAAGUAUUUUUAAAAAC